AGAACAUACGAGCACGAUGCUUUUUUGUGACAUCAAAUGCAACAUUCCGUUGCUGUUCGGGCCCACAGUGGCUCUUAGAUAGAGUAAGACAUGGCACAUCGUAAAAUAUUUAAUAUAAUUCUAGCACUUUCAUGCAUUUGUUUUAAUGAUGUGAUAAUCCUUAAGUAAAGUUGCGGGCGUAAUGAGUAGGUAUCUAUUCAACUGAACAACCACCAUCUUGUGAGGAUUGUGUGGAUACAGUAAACAUAGAAUCCAUAUCGUUACAAGUUAGUUAAAAACAGCGAGACUCUGAUAUGUAAUUCUCAGGAUUAUGAGAAGGAUAUAAUUCUAUUAUGUAAAAAAUGCAACAAAUAUAGUUGACAAUUAAAGCUGAUCUGAUGCGCCUUUUCAUUAUGCGCAGUGGGAAUCUCUAAAUCAAAUUCCCAUUUUCCGACGCCUGUUGAAUUACCAAAACUCCAAAGUCUAAAUAAAUAGACAGAUUCAUCAGAUUCGUUAAUGCUUUUGUUCGCCGUUGCUUCAAAUCCAACAAACCCAUACACCGAAGUAGACUCGCUGAACGAGGGAAGAGAGUAGAGUAAGCAGCUCAAUAGUGAACAGUAGCUAAUCUCUGGAUCCAACCAGCUUGCUGUUGAGGUUCAUACUCGGGAACCUUGGCGCCAGGUUCAGCCAUCAUGGACAUCUUGAGCCAUUCGACGUAGUCCUCGAAGCCAGUUGUGCUGCCAGUGACAUUGACCUUCUUGACGCCCCUGACACCCUCAAACAUGCGUAGAUUGCGAUAUCCGACGCCGAGGAACAUCGACUGAACAACGUCAAUGGUGAGCUCGUCAAGUCCGCUGUACGCUUUUGUCACAGCAUCAGCGUCGUAGGGGAGAUCGACGUCGAGGCGGACUUGGGUGUGGAAGCGGCGGAUGCUUGGGAUGAUGGAUGACUCCUUGACGGGGCCGUACCAGUUUCGGAGGCGGGGGAAAGAGGUGAGUAGUGUGGGAUGAGAGAGGAAUGUAUUGCAGCCGUAGAGAAGAUCUGUAGCUUCAUCGUGAAUCUGGCGGUUGGUGCGGAGGAGAGAAGCGUGGACUUUUUGCUCAGGGCAUGGUCGGCCACAUCGGGUGUAAGGCGCUGUGAGGAGGAGUUGAUCGUAGAUUUCCAGACGAAUCUCAACUGGGAGGUCAAGAAAGCCGGUCUUGUGGGGUUCUUGUUGUUGGAUAGUAGUGGCCAUAGUGAUUGUCGGUAUCAAAAUAUAGUGAUGUAAGUGGUGGUUUAAGCUGGUUGAGAGUAGAUUGAGUAGAGUCGAAAUGACUAGCGGAUGUUGACGAGAUCUUAAAUCAAGCUGGGAGAGCUGCUAGACUGAUGAAUGACUAGGUAGGCUAGCUGUUGUUGGCUUGAAUGAUGUUAUCCAAUGAUGGUGUUGAUGUUGUAGUGCCGAUCUUUGAGGCGUUGAGUCGUAUGAUAUGAUAAGAUUGAUGAGCGUGUAGAUAUGUUGUUGUUGAGAUGAUAUGAACGGGAGUAGAAGCAAGAAAGGGGGAGAUUGAGAGUUAAUAUAUAUAUUAGACAUUACAAGGUGAGUCAAGAGAAUUGACCUUGAAUUAGACGUGGUCGUGGACAUGGCCGAUUGACGGACACACCCUCCCAGGUUCUGACCUUGAACUUACGAGACGCCAGGGCCAGGAACUAAAAAGAUUACAGGGAUCAUGGGUCAGACCAAGGAUCGGGACGGGAUGGUACAUGCAGAAUGGCUGAUGAUUGUGAAGGAAACAAGGUCGCUUUCUGAGCCACGCAAUUGAAAUUCGGGUGACAAUUGGUUCCAUUCGAAGAUAGAAUCCUUAUCUUAGCUACACACCCUGCAACGAAUGGAUCAUAUCACACGGUGACUGACGUUGACCGAAAGAUUGAAUUAUCGCUUUUUCUUGCUGUCUUCAAAUGUGUCUUGAUCUUAGUGGCAUCCAUCCAUACCUGUCAGCCAGAUAAGCUGAGCUGACUCGCGCUGGCUUUAACUCUUGUGAGCUGAAUUGACGAAGCGAGCAUAAGCAAGUGCCGAUCUCUUGAGUAAAGGUUGUGCAGCCAGCCAUGGAGACCAAACUAUUAGUUAGCUGGUGACGAGUCAAAAGAGAUUGAUUUGAUGGCGGUGACUGUGUACUGUGGUGUUGCAUCAACGCAUUAAGUUCCAAAAUGCCGAAUGCCGGCGCCUAGGAAAUAAUACGGAUCUUCGUGUCCAGUACAGCCACAGAUAUGAGACUGAGACUCAUACUGAUCAGUACUGAUACUGAUAUUCAUGAGCUGAGCAUAAGGUGACAAGUACCGUCCCGGUGCCGAGCGAUGCCCCGUACGGAACGGCCGUUGAAUCCACAGUUUGGCAAGGGUUAAGAUCGGGAGCCAGAGAGGCCCUAGCGAUCUAGGAUCAGGGUCUAGGCUUUGCAAUGGUUAAUUGGUGUUUCUCUCCUUCAAAAGGUAAGUGUUGAUGGUGGAAUCGUCAAGAUAUAUACGUCAUGAUCAUGGAGGAUGAAUGAGUAACAUGUCAAUCUCAUGAUGUUGAGCGCAAUCUUGAUCAGAGAGGGGCGGCCGCAAACGGAGGCUCAACGCCGUCAUCAAAUCAACCUGCCUCUAUUCCCAGCUCUCCUCAACCCCUGCGAACUCCAUUGUUUGAUGUUUUCCUCUCAGAAUAAGUCGACUCAGGUGGGUUUCCAGACCACUGACUCACUAAGGCUCGGAAAUAGCACGGCAUGCAACAUAAUGCAGCCACAGUCGACGAUGCAGUAGAUAAUGCAACCUAACCAACCGGCAGUGUAAGAAUCAAUAAAAAGAAAGUUACCGCGCAUUCCAUUUGAUUCAAGAUGCCCACUUCGGCUCCGAUCCUACCGACGACAACAACUCUCUCAAGAAAAUAACCCGCGAGGGACUCUGUCUCACAUAAAUCGUGUCCGACCUCUUCCGAUUCUCUUCAUCACUAUCUACGGGGUCCACAUUUUGAGCCUCGUCUGGCCCUUGUCUGGCGUGCUUUUUCACUUCUGGCAUGAUCCCAAAGGCCCAUCGACUCCAUCCUGCGGCUGCGGCUGCGGCUGCGGCUCUGCAAUUCCCACACCGCUCGCUACCGAGACAAGGGUCUAAGGUGAGAAGCAUCAUGUUAAACACGUUCUAGAAAAGAAAACAAGAUCUUCGAGGGGGCGUCUAAGGUGAGAGGUGUAUCCACUCGCUUAAGAUGUCAGGGCGUCUUCGGGCAAUUCCCGUAGAUGUGAGCUUCUUUGAUGCUAUGAUUCACGGGUUAAUGCCCAUGCUUCUAAUAUUCUUGGAGUAUCAGCAUCGUCUCUUCUCGGUGUUAUUGUUGCAUUUGUUUUGGGUGGAAUAGAAUCUGCUCGGAUGUUCUCCGUGUGGUUGAUGAGCUGUAACAUGAAGCUUUGAUCAUGGCAAGGUGAAGCAUCAGCAUCUUGAAGGGUUCUUCGUCACACUGCAUUCCUGUUCCCUCCGAUUCGGUUCAUAGCAACUGAUUAGCAAUUCGAUAUUCAAGAUUAUCUCCAUCAUGAUGAAAGCUUGAGUUGUUAGAUUGACCAGCUAUUCCUAAUUGGCUCACGCAGCCACAGUCGGUACAUGCCAGCCACACUUGUGCAGCCACUUUGGGCCUUAAAUUGGCAAUGGAAGUCACGAAAAUACGUACCGAGAUGGCGUCAGAGCACAUGAGUGUUCGCUUGAUGUCUCAUCUCAGGACUCACUCAUUCACCUCCGCGGUCACACGAUUCAUCACUGUAGUCCUCAACAGCCUCGACUCUCUUUCAUGAGCAUCGAAUUCCCUCCUUUCUCUCCUUUUCACUUCAUCUCAGCCUUGACGCGUAACAACGCCAAGAUACGAGAUUGUAGAUAAUAAUGGCUGUCGGCUUCCUCACGUUCCUUUCAGGCCUCUUUGGAUGGAUUUAUUUCCUCGCCUGGAGCGCGUCCUUCUAUCCUCAGCCCUUGCUUAACUGGCGCCGUCGCUCCACCAGCGGCACAACUAUCGAUUUCCCCUUUAUCAACGUCCUCGGUUUCGCUGCAUACUUUAGCUCGAAUGUAGCUUUCUACUACUCACCAGAAAUCCGCGCUCAAUAUGCUGCGAGACACAAAGGCCUCGAGUCUACUGUACAAUUCAACGACAUCACUUUUGCUCUCCACGCUCUGUUCCUGUCCAUCAUCACAACCUCACAGUAUUUCGCUCCAUCGCUGUGGGGGUUCACCCCGAACUCUGGAAACCGACCCAGCCGGUUUAUUCUUGGGGUAGCAGCCGGCUGUAUUACUGGGGUUCUUUUGACAUGCGUCAUUGUUGCUUCAUCUCCAGGAAACGAUGCCGUCUAUGACUGGGUUGCCCUCGAUAUUGUCUACGCCGUGGGCUAUGUCAAACUUAUUGUCACCUUGAUCAAGUACACUCCCCAAAUCGUUACCAACUACAACAACCAGAGCACCGACGGUUGGAGCAUCUCUCAAAUCUUACUGGAUCUUACUGGCGGCGUCCUUAGCGUCAGUCAGCAGGCCAUCGAUAGUUAUCAGCAGCGCGACUGGAGCGGUAUCACCGGUAACCCGGUCAAGUUUGCUCUUGGCAACAUUAGCAUGGUUUAUGAUACCGUCUUCAUCAUCCAGCACUACGUUCUGUAUCAUGACUCAGAGAAGCCGCAGUCUAGCGAUCGCGAGAAUCAGAGAUUGUUGGAUGAGGAGCGAAGAGCGGAGCGCAGCGAGUGAUAUCAUUGUCUUUGACUAGAACAACAGCGAUGAAUACUCUACUGGUGCAUCUUUGUGGGUGGUGUUUUGGUUUGUGCAUUGGAAACUCUCGGCAACACGAUCUGCGUUGCAUGAUAGAAUACGGCCCAUAAGCAAUCCAUUUUCUGUAUCGUGGGGUCAUAUGGCCUAUCAAAUGGCAGAUAGAUAUGAUUUUUCAGGGCAUACGAUAUGGUGGCUGCACCUGGACAGCUGGAGAAGACUCAGCUUGAAUUUAGCAUCAGGCUCAAUAAUGUCAGCAUGGCCACAAGCCAAUCGUAGCUUUCAUGUCAACCUCCCUCAUAUUGGCGUGGCCCCUUAAUCUGACUCCCCUGGCAUUGAUCUUGGAUAUAUAAGCUGGUACUACGACAUAUCUGGGCUGCUGUAGUGGUGUGCAAAGAUGUAUUCAGGAUACUGAGCAACAUCACGGCUGAAAUGGGAGCUAUUGGUUCUGACUGAAGCUGAGCUUAUGCUGACCAUGCCGCAUGACAUAGAUCCUUGAUCAUAUAUAUCGACGAAUGCGGCUGCACCCAUAGUAUUCAGUUCAAGUCUUCUUAUAUUUGCCGGUGAUGUCUAGUAUUAUCUAUUGCCCCGUGGGUUUGUAUAUCCGCUAGUAAGCCGAUUCUUGAUGGUAGCUGCUCGGCUGGUGGACCAACCUGGCCCAUCCACAUGCACGAUUAAAAAAAGGGAGUUAUCAAGCUUAACCUUGAAAAUCUGCAAGCUCUCCUACAACAAUAGUGAUACUUUACUCAGCCGUGCUGACGGUUUUUCUACUCGCAGGGAGAGUGUGAGAUCAGCAUCUUGAUCCGCUUCUGGCAGCCGAUGGAGCUAUCUCCCCAUCUGCAGAAUCAAGAUAAACAAAAGACACAGACACAGGCCAGAACAUUGAAAUCAUUUCAAGGAAACUCAUCUCUGUAAAAAUAAAAUCUGGCCCAUACACCGUCCACAUGGUUCAUAAAUUGGUGGCUCAAGCUAUAGAGUGUUUUAUAUUAUAUUUAACUCUAGAGGUUUAUAAGACUAACCUAGUUAUCACAAGGUCCGCAUUCUUCCUUCACAGCUACAAAAUAAUGCAAAAAGGAUCGACAACGGCAG